CCGUGGCUUCAUCUGGAACGCGGCGUGGCCAUGGGCCCAGCGGCCGGAGAGGAGGCGGAGGCCCCGGCGGGCAGCGUCCUGUCGGCGCCGCGGCUGGUGGCGGCGGCUCGGGAGGAGCUGGGGGCCGGGCGGCGGUGGAGGUUGCCGGCGGCUCGGGCCCUGCAGUUAGCCGGGGAGGUGCUGGCGGUAGCGGCGGGGCUGAAGCCGGCCUUGCUGUACGAUUGCGGCGCGGCGGGGCCCGCCGAGCUGCGGCGGUACCUGGGCCGCUUAAUGGAGGCCGGGCUGGGCCCGUGGCGCCUGCAUUUGCUGGACAUGGAGGGCUCGGCCCUGCUGCUGCACCCGGGGCUGGCCCGGCAGAGGCUGGCGGUCAUGCUGCACUCCCACCCCGCGCCCUUCAUGGAUGUAUCAGCCAGGCGGCAGCGUCCGGCGCUCUGUGGGCCGGCGGAGGCUGAGGCCAUCAGGAGCCAUCUCACCACACUCCUUGCCCAUAUAGGGGCUGCUGAGGCCACUGCCACCGGCCCCGUGUCCUCCAGUGAGGUUGUCCCCACUGGCUGGAACCUCUGCACCGUUGUUGGGGUGCUGCUGGGCUACCCGGCGGUGUACACCUUUGCCAUGGAGGAAGGUUCUGAGAACUGCCUGGGGCUGACGCCGCUCAGGGUGUUCACGGUCCAGGCCUCCUGCCCCAGGAUAAGGGACGGUCUCAGGGUCCAGAUUUACUCCUUCAGCAUCCCGGAGAGCCUCUGUGCGGAGCUGAAGGAGGUGCUGGACGCCUGGUGUGAUGAGCUGAAGGAGGCCUUCAGUGCACAGAGUGACUUUGUAGAUCUCUGCAUUUCGAGCGAGGUGGUGUCUCUUCCAGCAGUUGCCUUGUAAAGCACAAACUCAGGCUUUUUGGCCUAUUUCUCACUUGCAUCAGGGACCAAAGCGAGAGAUGCAGUUCCUGUGUGCAUGGCCUGCUCGAGGUCUCAGGAGGCCCUUGAGCAGCAGAGGCUGAACCGUGACCGUCUCAGGUGCCAGACACAGGCCAGUUGCAAAUUAAAUGUGAAUUGUCCAGAAGACCAGUGUGUGGCUGUGCACCCUCACAGCUGCUCUGCAGCCUCCAUCCUUACUGCAGUGUGUGCCCUGUAAAGUCAGGGUGUAUUUAUUUACUGCAAACAGCUGAGGAUUAAUAAAACAUUUGAACACCACAGUAUUUUGCAUUUGUGAAGUAGGCUCCAUAGCAUAUUUGCUACUCGUGCAACAUGGUGUCACUGCCUCAUAGCUUCAAUGGGGGGCAAUUGCUACCGUAACACUGGGACAGUGCAGCUCCAAAAGGGGCCUAAACCCCCUGUCUCUGUGGAAUUCAUCUUGCGCUGGCAAUGGAGGGCAAGCGGAGGUGGCUGUGAGGACGCUUGGCCACGAGACAGGCUCAUGAAGUGGUCGCCUGAACUGGGCCCAGGAGGACUGGGCUAAAAAGCCUCCCUGAGCUGGGUUUCUCUGUCAGGAACCAGUAGAGAUGGUCCAGGGUUGAAUAAUUCGCAUUUAGGGAGGUAAUAAAGGAAGACAACUGUGUAGUCCUCUCAGUUGUCGGGCAUGAAAACCAGGGAGGCCAGAU